AUGGCGUCAUAUAUCCUGCAUCAGACAGAGUGCUUACAGUGGCACUGGCUGUGCUACGAGUACUGCCACUUCCUUCCAAUAAGAGACUUCCGACGUACCGUACCUAUACUUGCAAUACUUGUGCUCUGGGAGGGAUCAAUGCCUGGCCCUUUGCACAGGUCCCUGAUAACACACGUCCGCGGCAUUCUGUUGACGGUGCCUUGGUUCCUGUAUCUGUUCCUGGCAGAUGUGGCCCUAUCGCUGCUGCUGCCGCUCAAGCCGCUGGCUCCCGAGCUCGUCUACAACCUCUCGUCUCGCCUGGCCGGCUCGGUGUGGUCGUGGAUUCAGUUCAUCUUCCAGCGAGUCAAUGACGCCAGGAUUGUGUGUUCCGGCGAUGAGCUGCCCCCCGGCGAAUCGGCCAUUGUCGUUGCCAAUCACCGGGCGUGGUCAGACUUCUAUAUGAUCCAAGCCCUGGCAAUACGCUCGGGCAUGCUGGGCCGGUGCCGCUACUUGGCCAAGCGCCAGCUGCGGCUCGUGCCCUUCCUCGGCUGGGGUCUCUGGGCCAUGGGUAUGCCCAUGGUGAGCCGUAGCUGGCUCAAGGACAAAUCGGGGCUCGACCGUGCCCUUGCCGGGCUCGUUUCCAGGAGGCUUCCAACUUGGUUCGUCAUCUUCAGCGAGGCCACUCGCUUCAGCCAGCGCAAGUAUCAAGAGUCGCGGGCAUGGUCUAAGAGGACGGAUCGCCCCCAGCCCAUGCAUCUCCUGUAUCCCCGCACCAAGGGCUUCAUCGCCGCGGUCCAGCACCUCCGCGAGGCACCACACAUCAAGGCUGUGUACGACGUGACCAUCUUGUACCGGCGAGGCAGUGAUUUCCAGGAGGUGCCGACCAUGUGGGACACCCUGAGCAUCCCGAGCCUGAGCAAGGAGGCCGGAUACGCAUUUCACGUGCACGCUCGCAGGUUUCCGAUCGAGACGUUGCCUUACACGGAUGCUGAGCUGGCCAGAUGGCUGGAGCGGCGAUGGAUUGAAAAGGGAGAGUGGCUUGAAGCUCAGAGACAGAAGUGUCUAGCCCGCAAGGAAGGAGCCUGUUGA